AUGGAUAAUUCGCAUCCAAGUGUGUGUUUAGACAGCGGCGUGAUGCCUAUAAACAUGGACGGGUGUCCGACAUCCGGGAACAAUUCGGAUAUGUUUCUUUACGAUGAUUCGUCGAUGUCUGAUGGAAGUCUAUAUGCGAGUGAUCAAGAAAAUCAUUCGACUCCUCGGAAACGAUCAGAGUGUAGACGACACCAUAAACGAAGGAACCGGUGUCCUCAACAGCAAAUCCAGCAACGUCAAGCGGCGAAUCUACGAGAGAGAAGACGGAUGCAGUCUAUCAAUGACGCAUUUGAGGGUCUUCGUGCCCACAUACCGACGCUACCAUACGAGAAACGCCUAUCUAAAGUAGAUACCCUCAAACUGGCGAUUGGAUACAUAAGUUUCCUUGGAGAACUGGUUCGCGCCGAUAGAAAUUCAACAGACAACAUGUUGUCGGGCCUCAGCAACAGCCACAACAGAGAAGAACAGAAGAAAGUAAUUGUGCGAGGUGUCAUCAUGAGGGGUUCCCACGGUACAUCGCGUGAUCAUCCGUGGGAUGUAGAACCGUAUUAA